GAGAGAGAGACAGAGAGGAGAGAGAAAAGGUAUAGCCGACGGUAGCUGAGGAGAUCUCGCCCGCGCGGCGAUCCUGGCCAGCAACAAAGUGUCGAGUUUGCUCGGGCGACUUUAGCCGAGGAACAAGGGUAGCCGCAGCUGACAGGAGCUUUUGCAGCAAGGAACCGUUGCCGCCGCAUCGAGUCCCGAUGUGAGCCGCCGCGCGCUAGUAUAUCAGUCGAGCUGCGGAGCACAGAGUCAGAGGGGCCGCAGUGCUGUCCUCUGCCCAAGCAUCUUGCGAACUAAGGUUAGGACUGUGACUACUGCAAAAGACAACCGCUAAGCAGGCCUCGCCGCGCUCGGCAUUGUUCUCCUCGCGCCUCUACUGUGUCUUCGUGUCUGUCUGUGCGCGCUCUCUGUGUGUAUGUAUCGGAUCCAAGAUAGCGAGUGAUUUCAGCGGGGCUUGUGCGCGCGUAAGUAGCGGUCGCUGGUGAAGAUCGAGACGCGAAGCUGCGUUUCCGCGAAUCCCGGCUUUCGGCUGGCCGAAUUAUUGCGUUUUUUCGGAGACCACCGCGGCGAGCCCAGCGCCAUCCGGCGCCCAAGUGUCAGCAGCUCCAGCCUGGCUUGCAAGCCGCCUCGCGAUUGGUCGACGUCGCGGGCAGAUCCUCGGGUCUCUAUCUCCCGAAUCAUCGUCCCCCGGGUGUCGCAGCCGGUGCAGAAACCUCGGAACUCGCGUUCCUGCCCGGGCCGGAGGCUCGGCUGCCGAGAAAGUGCGCACUGCUCGGGCUGGGAAGCCGCGGGCGAGAACGGAGCGAGCUCGGCUGACGCAGCCGCGGACCAAUCGGCGCCGCGCUCUCAUCGGGCGGCGGGCUGCGCGUCUAGCGUGCGUGCGCCAGAGAUAGCGACAUAGCGUAGAGAGCAGCCCUAUACGCGAGUGAGAGCAGCUCGCUCGCGCAAUUGAGGAGAGAAAAGGAGCGAGCGAAUUGCGCGAGGAGGCGAUCCGUCUCAUCGUAGUGUUGUCGUCGUCGGGUGCGGCGCCGCUCAGCUGUUCGUCGCACGUAGGUGUUGAAAGUCGUGAAAAGCGCCGCUCGUCGUUAGGACGCAUUAUUCUACCUGGCCUGGCUCUUUGGUCACGUGAGAGCAGCGGCUCUCGCGCGCGGUCUGCGCUGCUGCAGCUCGCGGUCCCCCCCGAGAAAUGGCGCAAAUAUCAGAACGUGGGCCGCCGCCGCCACCGGCCAGAUACUACUACUGCUACUCGCGUUUGUUGACAAGCGCGCCACGUGCUGAGCAAGAGAGAUAGAGCGCAAAAAACCGACGGAGAGAGAGAGAGAGAGAGAGAGAGAGAGAAAGCUAGCGAGAGAGAGAGAGAGAGAGAGAGCGACGUCCGCGAGUGCGCGCAUAUUAUACGUUAGUCGGGGGAAAGACUUUCAUUGAGAUUCCUGGCUUUUUGCUGUUGACAGUGCCGCGAAAAGACGGAGCAGCAUGUCGGGUCGAGGGACGAAGCGCAGGGGCCGGCCGCCCAAGUCGGUCGUCAUGGAGAGGCCCAAGAAGUUCCAGUAUCACCUCAUGAAGAAGCCCAAGUAUCUGCAGAACAAGGGCUCGGAAACGCCGGGCUCGCAGCCGGGCACGCCGACGGCAUCGAGGCCGAGCUCGCCCCAGGAGACGCCCGAGCCCCAGGACACGCGACGCAGCACGCGCAAUCGCAAGUCCAAAGCCGGUGCCCGCGAGAAGCACUCCAAGAAGGGCGGACACUCGGGCUCGACCUACGGCCGACGGGGCUACAACACCAGUGUCGAUUACCAUGACUCGGAGUACCACUACGGCUCGGACUUUGGCGACGAGUCUAGCGACAACAAGACCGACAUCGAGGACGACCCUCUGCUGCAGAGCGAGGACGAGUCGUCCGAGAGCAUCGAGGAGCCUGAUCCAUCCAGUGACAGCGACUUUUCCCUCUCCAGCUUCAGCACCACCAGCGGUACGCCCAGGCGGACCCUGCUCAGUCAGCAGAGACCACCAAGUCCAGAGCCGCUUUGGCUUCAGAACAAGGAGAUCCCCCCACUGGAUCUUCCCAAAUCCUCGGAUGACCUGCUUGUGCCCAAGGACCUUGUCAUGCCGUGUUUGUCAAUCUACGAGGUCCUCAGGCAUUUCCGCACAUUGCUCAGGCUAUCGCCCUUCAGGUUUGAGGAUUUUUGUGCUGCCAUGAUUUGCGAAGACCAGACCAAUCUACUGGCUGAAAUCCACAUCACGCUUAUCAAAGCCUUAUUGCGAGAAGAAGACUCGCAGCAAACACACUUUGGUCCGCUCGACCAAAAGGACUCUGUGAAUAUAAGUCUUUAUUUUGUUGAUGCCAUGACGUGGCCCGAAGUUUUAAGAUCUUAUGUCGAAAGUGAUAAGAGUUUCGAUCAGAAUAUUUUAACUGUACUGUCCAAUUCGGAGUAUCCCUUCUCUGGAAUCGAGGAUAGGAUAAAAGUUUUGCAAUUUUUAACUGGACAAUUUCUCAUUACCAAUCCUGUCCGAGAGGAUUUGCUGCACGAAGGGAACAGAGAUUACGACGAUCACUGUCGAGUUUGCCAUAGACUGGGUGAUCUGUUAUGCUGUGAAACAUGUCCAGCGGUAUUUCAUUUAGAAUGUGUAGAACCGCCACUUGUAGAUGUACCUCCCGAAGAUUGGCAAUGUAAUAUAUGUAAAGCUCAUAAAAUAAGCGGCGUUAUGGACUGUAUACCCGAUGUUGAGAAGAACGGUUUGCUAUGUAGACAGGAACAUUUAGGAUUUGACAGGCAUGGACGAAAAUAUUGGUUUUUAGUGAGGAGAGUUUUUAUUGAAAGCGAAGAUGGUGAAAUUUGGUACUAUAGUUCUCCUCUGCAGCUAGAAGAGUUGAUGAAUUCAUUAGACAAGAAUGAAAUGGAGGUAGCGUUGUACAGAGAAUUAUCUGACUACAGAGACGAAAUAAAACGUCAAAUGGAGUUGACCGAAACCAUUACUAAUCAAUACAAGGGCAAUAAGAAAUCUUACUUAGAAGUAGAAAAUAGUCUUAUUCAGAAAAUGCAGAAAGAGCGGAAAGAAAAACUCGAAAAAGAAGAAGAAGAAAAGAAAGAGAAGCAACGACAAGAAGCUGAAGAAUUAGUUCGUAAAAUACACGAAGAUUCUGAGUCCACAAUAGAUAAGCCAUCUGUGCCAUCUGAUAAAACGGAAGACAAAAAAGAAAGUGAAGAGCAGUCUGAUAAGGCUGGCAAAUCAACGGAAGGGCAAGAGAAUUCGCUCGAAAAUACAGACAAUGAGAAUAAAUCUAAAAUCGAAGGUGAGGACAUGGAAGUUGAGGAGAUGACAGAGGGUGUUGAUAAAGAUGGUAAAAAGCACAAUAUUGUGACAAGAUCAAAGACUGGUUCACUAACACCAAGAACUUUUAAUAUAGAUGAACUCAAAAAGAAAGCACUUCCCGGAUCAAAGGAGGAACAGGAAAAGACGGAAAAAACUUUAAAAGAGGAAACUGAUAACGCGCGUUUGACGCGGCUGAAGGCCCAUCAAAUAGCAUCGGGAACUCACCUGUUCAAACUGGGUAUGGAUAACAGCUUUAAAUCGUACGUAAAUCAAUACAGCACAAACACGAUAGCUCUGAACAAGGCCCAACGCAACGAGGAGCGCGAUAAGAAGCGGCACUUGUCGCACAAAUUCGCUCUCACUCAGAGCGUGGACUUCAAAUGGAUCGGCAGUCUGACUGGCACCCGAGCGAUGCUCGUCCAGACACUUCGCCAGACAAUCCUACAACUGGAGAGCUGUAUACAAGCACCAUUUAUGCACACGAAUUGGCCGUUACUACGCAAGCCUUGGACAAUCGCUGUCGGCUCUUGUGUUAAUCCCCGCGAGUUUGCGAGAGCGCUUAUUGCCUUGCAGGCCUGCAUCAAAUCCGUAGUCUUUGCUAACGUCUGGCACGAGCAGCUCGGCCACGUCAAACUGCAGAGGGUUACUGCGAUCGAGCGCGAGGAGAAGAAGCGGUUGGACAAAAAAGAGAAGAAGGAAAAGGAGGAUGAGGAGGAGAGAAAUCGCUUAACCUACAACUUUGUCAAAUACACGCUGGGACUUAAACACCAAAUAUGGAAACAGAAAGGAGAGGAGUACAGAGUGCAUGGGCAGUGGGGCUGGCUGUGGAUAUCGACUGGUCGCCGUCACAAAUCCGUCGACCUUAAAAAGAUGGGCCUUCGCGCCGGUCCCCAAAAAAUUAUGGUUCAAAUUAGAGAUCAAAUAGGUUUGAAAAUCUUAGCUGUUGAUCCAUCAACGUAUGAAUUCUUACUCAAAGAAUAUUAUCCACCGGAGAUUACUGAUGGUACAGAUGAUAAGGACAAAGUCAAAAAGGAAAUUAAAUCUGAGGAAGCUUCUGGUGAUGGAACUGAAGUGAAGAAAGAGAAUCAAAACGAAGCUAAUACGAUGAACGAAAGCAAAGAAGUCAAAACAGAAAAGAGUGAUGAGCAGAAGACCGAACCAAAAACGGAAACUCCGGCUCCGAAACCUGAGACGAAACUUAAUUUACCUUUUUUGGCUGGAAUGAAGAUACAAAAAGUUUUCAAACCUGUUACCCGAUUUGAAGAAAUCGACAUUACUAAAGCCUUGACCACUUCGGGACGUCUUCUCUAUCCUAAAAUCGGAAAGAAAACUCGAAUUGACGAUUUCCUUGCCCGCCGUACACAUUUGAAGCUCUUGGAGGAAAGAAAACUUUCUCAAUCUGAAAAGCUAAAAGAAAUUGCAAAUAAAGCAAGCAAUCAAAAAGCCAACGAAGAAGAGACAGACAUCGAUAUCGAAAGUACAGAAGACAACGAGAAUGGCAGCGGCGGUGGCGGUGACGCAACACUUCAGAAUAUCUUAAAGAACAAGCAGCCUGUCAAGGUGAUGGGACCCAAUACCGCUAACGUGUUGGCUGCAAUUGGCAAGCGUAUUCAGCAAGUUCGAUCGCAGUAUGCUAAUUUGAUGCGUCUCGGCGGAAAGAACGUGACCUGCUAUUCGCGUUACUGCAAUUUGGCGAGUCAAAACAUAACGAACAAAACAGUCAUCACACCUCAGAGUCUCGCGACUAACUGCUAUUCACCCGUUUGCCUGAAGAAAAUUCAAUUAAAACGUGAUCUUGUCGUUCUACUGAGGAAAGCCAAUGCCCUUAAUAAUAACGCUGCUGCAGCAAAUACGGCUCUUGUAAAAACCGAACCGUCUAGCGAAGAUAGCAAAGAGAAUAUUGUGAAAACUGAAUCGGCUACCGUCACGCCUCCUGUUGCAGAUGAAAAAACGUCUAAUAAUACUGAAACAACAAUCGCUGUUUCCAAGGAUGGCGGUGGUGAUGUUUCGGCAGCUAAAAAAACAAAAUUAGAGUCGGAUGAAAAUACUGGUAGUAAAAGUAAUCAAGUUGUUGUUACAACUAAUAAUGUUGUAACAACAACUACUGUGACCACUACAACGCAGCAAAUAAAGACUAUUGAUGGUAUAGUUAAAAAUAUGCAAGAAACUGUCACAUCUUGCAGUUCUGUGGAUGUAAAGUCUGAAGUAAAAACUAGUGUCACUAAAUCCACAUCACCUAAAACUACAACGAUCGUUAAUAGAAGAGGAAGGACUGUACAGAGAAUUAUUUAUGCAAAAGAAUUGAAUGCUGAUGGUUCCGAACGAAUAUACUCAGCGAGUACGGCCGAAGGAAAAAUAUACUUGAAGAAAGUUGCCAUUUCCUUGGCGGAUAGAAGGAAAAAACGGACACCUGUAAAAUAUCCUUUAUGCUCGACGUUCUGCAGUAAGAACAAACAUCGAAGCAUAUUGGUCUUACCACAACACGAAUUAAGAAAACUGGCAAGAACUGGAGGUCGACAACCAGUUCAAGGAUUCCAUCACAUGGCCAAGGCAAAUAUGUCAGUAUGGCCUUAUCCUUGCCCAAGACCUUUGUUUAAAACGUGUUGGUUAUACCGAACGGUGGGUCUGAGGUCCCUCGCCGCUGCGGCUAUUCAGUUGCGAAUUCUUUGGUCUUGUAUUAGAUGGGAUGAUGUUUCAGCUAAACCUCUAUCUAAUGAUGGAAAACAUCAAAUCACCACCGAUACAGAAAUAAUGUCUUUAGAGAUUUUAAAACAUCGACACGUUGGUCAAUUUAUGGAUAAGACGCAGUAUUUGCGCAGGAAAGUAGUCAUUCCAUUAGAAUUACCGAAGCAAAUUAGAGAAGUUACGUCGAUCCGCAGUGGUCUGCGUAAAAGAAAACGACCAGAAUCUCCGCAGAGUACUGAACCUCAAGUAUCUGAAGAAUGGGUUGAUGAGGACAAACUUGAACUUUGGGAGAUUAAACAAUACGGAGAAAGGUUAGAGAAGGCUAAUGCCCAGAUCAUUACUAGGAGUAGAUCCGGUCAACCACAAACGGUUGUCGUAAGCGGCAAUAGAACCGUUGGUUCUAUUACUUCGGGUGAUCAAGUUAGUGGUAAAUCCACGCCAGAAGAGAUUAAAGAAAAGAUGGAACAACAGCUACGACUUCAACGUGCAGCGCAUCAGCAAAAGCGUGCUUUAGAGAAUUUGAAAAAUCCUGGUACCCCAGGCACACCAGUCACCCAGCUUGUUAAAGUCACGACUAACAACGCUCAAGAUGGUACUCUCAAAGUUGUCACCAAAGUUGCUAUACCUGCUAAUCCCAACACACCUCAAGGAAAAUCGCAACUAACAUCACUUCUUACUACACCUACCCAGAAUAAAUUUAUUGGUACUAGGCGUAUUUACAUGACUAAAGCCGCGGAUGGCACUACAAGAGUUAUUUCGGGACCUACAAGUAUUUUACCGAAGACACCUCAGCAGCAAGCACAAACUGCUAAUCAGCAAUCUCUUAUCAAAACCACUGGAACAGCAACUCCAAAUAAUACUCCAGUUCAACCGGUACAGCAAAAGGUUCAAAUUCUUCGAGGUCCAGACGGUAAACUGCAAGUUCGUGGCCUCAUGCCUGGCCAGCAGCUGGUGCAGAUGCCGGACGGCAAACUGCACGUACUCAAUACAGCACAGACGGUCGCAGCAACGACACCACAGCAGCAGCCCGCGGGUACGCCCACGACGGGAACCGCAACUACGACUGCCCAAAGUGUUCCUAAAAUUGCAGUUAACGUGGCUAAAACGCCAGCUACACCUGUAGCGCCUGGCAAAACAACCCCUGUAAAGAUCGUAGCGAAUCAAGUACAACAGGAUACGACGCCUCAACAAACGCCGGUACAGUUACAACAAGUAGUUCAAGCCGGACAAAGGCUAAAAGCUGCUAUCGUUAGUCCCGGAGCUGUCACCAGUCCUGUAGCCCAGCCGCAAAAAAGUACUUUUGUCGUUGCUAAUACCGGACAAGUUAUGCAGGGAACACAGGUCAUUUCAACCUCGGGGCAGGUAGUCACUGCAAAUCAAAUAAUAGUAAAUAAUCCAGCUUUAGCGCAACAAUUGGCUUCUGGAAAAGCGCAACUAGCGACAAUAGGAGGUCAGCAAGUUUUAUUACGGAAUACUACAGGAAAUUUAGUUCAACUUAAUUCUGGUAACGCUGGUAUAAUAGUAAGGAAUGCUGUGACUCCGGCCAAAACUCAAACAGUUUCUGCAGUUGCUCCUGUGCAACAAGCAGUUUUACCAGCAACUCCAACUACGUCCAUCAGUGAAACUCCGGCCAGUAAUUCAGCAACAAGUACAGCAACAGUGGCCUCUCCUACUGCUGCAAGCACACCAUCGACACCGGUGAGUCAAACAUUGCCAUCAACAGCAGUCCAACCAACGACGCCAGCUACUCCUGCGCCUGGAAGUGUGGAAGCUUCACUGCUUGUCGGGCAACCACCCGGCACCGUUAUUAAAUGCGUCACUGCUCAGGUCAUCCAAACUACUCAAGGACCUAGGAUUGUCCUACAAGGAUUGCAAGGAACUGACUUUACUCCGAAUCAGUUGGCUAUGGUCCAUCAACAAGUAAAACAGCAGUUACUCAAAGCUCAAGCAACGGCUGGUAAGCAGGGUGUUUUAGGACCAACGAAAAUAUAUCUGGCUGUACAGCCUGCACCAUCGACUCAGGCUCAGCCUCCAGCGCAGCCACAACAAAAUCAAGCUCCCCAAACACCGACGACCCAAACUGUAGGAACUCCAACAACGAAGCCACCGCCUACUACUGCCACUGUAAAGCAACCUUUGGUGACUGAACAAAGUAACACUGAAACCCAAAUAAAAACUGAGCCUACUACUGAAACACCAAAGCCAACGGAGGUCUCCUCACCUAAGAAAGCUAAGGUUGUCGUUCAGCAAGUGCAACGAGGAACACCGAAUGAAGAUGAACCUCAAAGGGCUAGUAUAGUGAAUGGGCAACAGCCAGCUCAGACGCCCAAGGAGUCAUCAAUCAAUCAAUCAGCAAGCAAUAAAUUUGUAAUUACUCCCGACUACAUUCAACAAACUAUCAAGAACGCGUUGAAACAAGAAAAUCUAAAUCCAGAAAUUGAAGAAAAAUUAUUACAAUUGCAAAGAUACCAGGAGAAGCAGAUGAAAGGCACAGAAGGUGCCACGACCGGUGCUCAAAGUCACAGUACACCAGUUACUUCGGCUCCGCGUGCUCCUGCUCGUAAACGACCUACGUCAACGUCGCAUACGCCCGCAUCAACAACACCAGCCGUCACUCAAGCCACUACUAAUGAAAAGGAUAAUGAGUGGAUAACAGAAACACCCAAGAGAAAACCUCCAUCUAAACAGGAAAAUCGUGAUAAUUCUAAGUCGCACAAAUUACCAGAAUCUUUGGAUAAUGAUUCCACGCCAAAGAAUCGCCCUAACAAACUCAAAGAAACCCAAGAACAGAGGAGAAAGCAGCAAGUACAUUCGAGGAUGCAAGUUCUUUUGUUUAGACACAAGGAGCUUUUGAAAAAGGAUAUUUUGAAGCGAAGAGCACUACUUGAAAAGGAAUUGCAAAUUGAUGUUCAAAAAGAUCUCUCAGCAGAACUAGCUAGUAGAACAAAGGCUGAACGGCAUAAGCAAGACGAAGUUAAAGUAGGAAGCGCGAAACGCAAAGCAAAUGCACAACCUCCGCAACAAAUAAGCUCACCAAAUAAGAACAAACCAAAGAAGCAAAGGUCACAGGGACAUCCUCCAACAAUCGGUGCAUCCGUGUCUAAUAGAAUAAAGAAAGAAAAGCUGUAUUGUCUUUGUAGGACACCAUAUGAUGAAACUAAAUUUUACGUUGGCUGUGAUCUAUGUAACAAUUGGUUCCACGGAGAUUGUGUAGGCAUUACUGAGGAAAUGAGUAAAACUAUGUCAGAAUUUGUUUGUACUGAGUGCCGACACGCGCGAGAGACGCAAGAACUAUAUUGCUUAUGUAAACAGCCGUAUGAUGAAUCUCAAUUUUAUAUUUGCUGUGACAAGUGUCAAGACUGGUUUCAUGGUAGAUGUGUUGGUAUUCUUCAGUCAGAAGCUGAUAAUAUUGACGAAUACGUCUGUCCGAAUUGUCAGCGAAAUUCAUCAGUUAACUUUGCUAACAUGAAAAACCUCAACAUGAAAGACCUUGAACUUUUGAAAAAACUGAUAAAGCAAAUACAGGGUCACAAGAGUGCUUGGCCUUUUAUGGAGCCUGUAGAUCCUAAUGAAGCACCGGAUUAUUACAAAGUUAUAAAGGAACCAAUGGAUCUUCAAACAAUCGAGCUGAGAAUAAAUGAUAGAUCAUACAAGAAACUAAGUGAGUUCAUCGGUGACAUGACCAAGAUAUUUGACAAUUGUCGUUAUUAUAAUCCCAAGGAAUCGCCCUUCUUCAAGUGCGCAGAAUCUUUGGAAACGUACUUUGUAAAUAAGAUUAAAUGUUUAAGGGAAAAAUUCUCGGAAGGGAAGUGAAAUUGGAAAUAAUGAAAGAAGUGUCAAUGUUGUAAUUAUCAAGUUAGCAUCGGGCUGUCCCGAAGUCAUCAAAAGGAACGUUAGUAGACAUUUUCAUAAUGACAAAAUGUCGAAUAUUUAAAUAGAUAACACCCGUUAUAAUUUUAGAUGUCAUUACGACGUCUAAUAAGUCAUCUUUUAUUAAAUCACACAGACGACGUAUUGAUUUCUAAUAGUAUAGAAAGAGACGCGUCCAACACUUUUAUAAAACAAGACAUAUUGUCAGUGUUUGAAAGAUGACUAUUAGACAUGCCUUCUUGUGCACUUUCAGACGUCUAUAUAAGUAAUGAAUUUCUAUUUAUUUUAAUUAAUAAAAGUACAAAAUUAGAGUAUGAUUAUCAAACUUUUUUUUUUUAUUUCAGUUACAUCAGAACUUUUAUAAAACUCCUAUUUGUUAUAGUUCUAUUUAAAAUCUUUAAAUUUACUAUAAAACAGUAUAUAAAUAAAAACUUUUUUGUAUAAUAACGGUCAACAAGAAAUUCUUUAAAGUACGACGAGUAUUCGUUAUACAAUAUUGUUCUACCGAAGUAAUAAUCAAUUUUAUUAAGAAGGCAUCAUAUUUAUCAAUUUAUAAAAUUGAAAUGAUAUUAUUCAUCUUAUUUCCAAAGUAUGGUGAAUAUUCGUUAUACAGUACUGUUUUGUUAAAAUAUUUCGUUUGAAUAUAUGAAGUAGAUGAUAUUUUUAUUAAAACGAAGAAAUUAUCGUUGGAAAAUACAGUAAAUGAAAUUUUUAUUUUCCAAAUUACAAUUUUGAAAAUUAAGAAAAUAUUUUUUUAAUAAUAACACUUUUAAAAAAUCUAGCCUUAGACUAAAAUGAAGUGGUAAAAUCUUGUAACUAUACUAACGUGACAUAUGAAAUCCUAUUCAGCUGCGAGGUGCAUACGAUUGCAUGCCCAAUGGAGUCAGUCUGUAAAGCCAUGUUACACUUUAUCCUUCGUUACCCCUUUGUUUGAAUACUAUCCCGUAACUAUAGAUUAAGAAUGGUAAGCUAAGUAAAAGAAAUUGUACAGUAUUAAAUAUGUUUAUAUGUAAUUCAUUUAAGGUUUUUUAAAGAGUAAAAUUAAUUAAAUUCAAUCAAUUAAUUUACAAA